AUGGUAGCUCCGGACGUCAUGGUUGGCAAGUGGAAGCUCGUCAAGAGUGAGAACUUCGACGAGUACAUGAAAGCUGUUGGUGUCGGGAUGGUGACGAGGAAGUUGGCGAAUUCAGCCACGCCCGUCGUCGAUAUCACGAAGGUGACCGACGACACUUUCAACAUAAUCACGUCCACUACCUUCAAGACCACAGAACUCAAAUUCAAGUUGAACGAAGAGUUCGAGGAGACCACUGGAGAUGGUCGAAAAUGCGCUACGACUGUGACCUGGAACGACGAUAUUCUUACGCAGAAUCAAGUCGGCAAAGGCAGCAAGGGCAGUGUCAUUACGAGGGCUUUCAAGGAUGAUGAAAUGACGAUGCUUUAUCUUGGCGUUCCUUCACACCUUCGAGCACAGAUCCGAGAAACCUUUGGAAUUCCGUGGUUGCCGAGUCGGCGUCGUGCUGGAGAUUCACCUUUCUCCAUGAAGCGGAUUCCGAAAGAGAGUCGUUUGAAGACGUUGAAAGCGCAAAAAGAUGUGCCAACUCGGUUCGAUCAGCAGGCGUAUGACACUAGAGGACGUGAUGCAUCAAACAUGGCCCGGAAGAAAUGGCAGACUGCACAUCGCAAAAUUCCUUAUCAGGAGUCCAUCAGCUUUUUUAUUCAUCAAACGCCGUCUUCGCCAACUUUCUCAGAACCUGCGCAGCCUUCUGCUGGUGAUGUAGCAGUUGACGUUGAUGACCUGAUCGACACCCUGGUGACGAAGCCAGUACAGCCGGAAAUGUUUGAUUCUUCUCGAGAAUUUGAAGUAAUUGCGAAGCCGUCGUCGAUUCUCGUAGAAGAAGAUGAUGAUGACGAUGAAGAACGUGGCACUGCAACCAAACAGUCGCAACCCGCGUCCGUGUCGAAGGCCAACUGGAACCGGGUUCAAAACAGGCAACGUUCUUUCCGAAGGAAUGAGGACACUGACGAAGGCCUUGUGGAAUUCAUCAACAAUGAUUUGGAGAUACACGCUUUGGGAUGUUGCAAGUCCGGAUUUGUGCCAUACAUGGCGCAUUUUUGUUCGGAGCACGUCUUAGCCGAGCAAUUUGAGCAGAUCACCAUCAAAGUCAUUGCGUCUGACUACGAUGCCCAAGAGCAAGAUUCCCAGACCCGAGUGAGACACUUGAGAUCCGCAUACAGGAACCAACCUUCGACUCUUCUGCUUCAAGAACUGAAACUCGCUGUGGUUGAAAGGGAAAACGAGUCCAGAUCCUUUCAUCGUCACGCCAUAAGCCCAAGAGACGUGGAUGUGGAAAUUUCGGCGAGCAGGAACGUGAUGUUCGUGCCUCCAGCUUUGGCGAAUGUUGCUGACGGUGGUCAACCAUUGGGAUUAUAUCGAUUAGUCCUCGGCUUUUCUCGCUUGACCUUUCGUCAUCAUCCGUUGUUCUCAAAGGAGCACGUCUUAGCCGAGCAAUUUGAGCAGAUCACCAUCAAAGUCAUCGCAUCUGACUACGAUGCCCAAGAGCAAGAUUCCCAGACCCGAGUGAGACACUUGAGAUCCGCAUACAGGAACCAACCUUCGACUCUUCUGCUUCAAGAACUGAAACUCGCUGUGGUUGAAAGGGAAAACGUUUUCCUAACUCGAAGAGCAGACAUCAAGGCUGCACUCAAUGCCUGGCUGGCCCUGAGGCAUUUCAGAGAAGACCAGGGCUUCAAUCUCACUCCUCACAGACUCUUAAUCGCUGUUUCCGGACCCGAUCUGGCAGCAAAUGAAUCCCUGUGGGCAUCCGAGGUCAGGGAAGAAUGUCGAGCCAUAGAAGAAGAGCUGGGUGCGGAAAACGAAGAAGCCUUCCGGGAAUAUAAUUACAAGAGGAAGACUGAAGAUUCCGAGGGUCUUUUACCACCGAUUCCUCAAGUGAUGUGCGCUGAGGAAAUUCGCAAGUUGGCGGAAGAAAGAGUUGCCAAUUAUCUGGACCCCGUGAGUGAACCAAAACUCACCUUAAAAAUCAGAUACGACUCCCCGGUCACUGGAAAAAGUAAAAUUCCGUCCAGAAAGGAAACCUCGAGGCUGAAAGCAUUGUCUCAUCUCAAGUAUUCUGUCAAAAUUUACAUAAAUCAGAAAUUGGUCAGCGAAACGAGACCCACUGCGUUCGCGAGUCUAAUGGGUCCAUUUGAGGCUGACCUGGAUGAAGAGGUCAUGUGUCACUUGUACCAGCCACCGGAUUCGAUAGUCGUCGCCAUUAUUGAAACGAAUGCUUCUAGACGAGGCAAAAGGAGUAAAACGGAGCUAGCCAAGAUUUACUUGCCCAUUCCGCCCAGAAAUCAGUUGGCAGAAGACGCUGUGGAGGAAGAAUUCGACUUCACUGGCGAGGAUGCUGUUUGUAGCCCAGCUCAUGGGGGUGUUGGGAGUGGGAUUCAGUUUCCAGUUCCUUCUGAUCAGCCCGAAGCUGGAAAGGAUCUUGAGGAUGUUCAGAAUGAGGGACUUGCGCACAAGACGCUUUACACCAACGGGACCCUCAAAUGCUCUGUAGCUUGGGCGACUAAUGAAGACGGGGAAACAACGGCGCCUCCUGAAGACACCCAAUCCAACCGACACUUUUUAAAGACCACCCUGUCUAGCACAGACCCAAUUUCUGCUCUUGGACUGUCCGCAGCUUCGAAUAAGGAAAAACUCUUGAAUUGGGCAUCUCAGCACGCCUUGGAUCCCCGGACAUCCCUGGCGAGGAUGUUGGAAACUCAUCGAGCCGAAGUUCACGCUCCUGUGGGCAGAUGUCACUUGGAAAACCUGGACUCGGAACUGGAGUUCUGUUCUGAGGAAACGUUAACGAAUGACCCGAGGUUCAGGGCACUCAGACUCAGACUUGCUGGCGUGGGACAGUUUAGAAACUUGACCUUUGUUCCGUCCACUAUCUCAGUCUUGAACAGCAACCAGCCGAAUGUGAAAGCAGUUUUAGAGAUGCUCAAGGGACACGAUAACGGACACGCUAAGCAAAUCUUCUCCUCCACGCUUGAGGGUCUAGGAAGAACAAACAGUCAUUCGAAACGUUUGCAAGUGGCCAGGGAAUCCCUUUACGGAUGGAUCUGCAAGGCUUUAGACUCGAGCCAAAAUCGGAAAUCUCUGUCAGACGUUGUUUACGAAGAGUCUGUCCCGGAUAUCGGGGUUGUGGGAGGAAAGCUUUUGGAACCCUUUGCCCCCAGGAGACCCUUGAGACCAACUGCUGUGGACAGAAGACCUCUGAACAUCGACGCUCAUCAUCUGUCGAUGGACAUUCAACUUGUGGUCAAUAUCACACAAGCUGUUGGGUUGCCAACCAGGACUCAGCAACAGGGAUCUCUGUGUAGUCCGUUUGUGGAACUGAGUUUCCAGGACUUGAAAACGAGGACUUGCACGAGCAAGGGAUCUUCUCCGAGCUGGAAUGAAACUCUGAGUUUGCCAAUCAGGGCUCCAAAGGCCACGGACGAGGUUUUGCUGAGUAUCUUUGAUGAGUGUGCUGUGGACAUCUUGGAGGACAAUCGGGAAAGAAGCACCACUGUUCACAAAAGGGUGGAGAAAUUUUGGCUGGGCUCUGUGAGAAUUAAAAUCUCUGCUCUGUUGUCUCAGCCAAGAAUGCUGGUGGCAGCCCUGUUUCUAAGCUGCCAUUUCCCUCAGCUCCUCCACACUUGGGUCUUCUAUGUCCUCCAGGACAAGUUCAGUGAGAUCUUCUUCAUCAACAUCCAUGUGCAAGUUUCUGGCAAGUGCCUCCUCCUGAUCUUCCUGGCCUUCCUGCAGAUGUGCUCUCCAGACACAGGAUCACCUCUCAUCUGCAUGUCUUCAAUCCAGAUGAGGAGAAGCUUCUCAAGUUCAUCCAGCACUGGGUGCCUUUGGGUUUUGCUGGGGAUUCUGCUUGCACCCUUUGGAGCAGUCUCACAAGCACCCAAGAUCUUGUCCCUGGUAGACCACAUGGAUCUUUGGUCGUCCCCCGGAUUGCGAGCAGUGUCACCCAUAGGAGAGCAGCAAUUAGGCUCAGUUUCCAACGUUAGACAAGGACAAACGAACGAAAAUGGCUGUCAACAAUCGAGCCAAUUGAUGCUCUUCCUCACCACAGAGCCGCCAAUUACUUGCUCUGAGCCAUUGGCCAUGGGUGCCUUGCAACCAACAGAAGAACCCCUUGAUCUUUUCGAGUCCACCAUGACGUGGGUUCAACAGCAUCAAGAGAAAUUCCCCAAGAGAAAACUGAAGCCGUUGGUUUGCAAUUCUUCCGGAAAAGCUGUGCUUGUGUGCAGAUACUUGAAGCCGUUGGCUCCUCCGAUCGAAAUACUGCAUCAGAUAGAAGAGCCGGGGAUUUUGCCGAGAGCUAAUGCUUGUGCUUAUUUCGUGUCGCUGAUUCCGCAUGUUCCUGAUUUGGCGAGUGAUGAAGUCACGAGGCAUCUUUGGCUAUCGUGUGAUCAGUUUUUGUCUUGUCUGGCUGGUGACUAUCAUCAGCACUGCAUUUUACUAGCGAACUACUUUUUAUACCUCAACAAUGUGAUGUUCAAGGAUGAGAAGGAGCAGGAAAAGUUUGACUUGAGAGUUGCUUGUGGAUCCAGCAUCUUCUGUGGCCAAUCAACCUUCAUAAUAACAGCCCCAAGCAAGUCCUGGAAACACCGGCAUAUGAUCAAGGUGUGGGUGCCAUCAGCUGGCACGUGCUACAGUCUCAACGACCCCCUCUGCCCCCUGGACAAAAUCAUUUACAUGUUCGACGCCGGCAACGUGUGGGCCAAUGUUCAAGAAGACUCUCCCCUGGCCACUGUCAAUUUUGACGUUUCCAACACAGCGUGUUGGUCAUCUCUGAAGACCUGGUGGAAAGCAACCAAGGUCAGCUUACCAUCAUCAGCAGAAGGUACCACUUUUGCAGUGCAGCCCAGCAGGCUGGCGUAUGUGUCAGCUGACUCUGCGCUGGCGAAGGAGCUGGAGAAAAGCCUGGAGGCAUCCCUGAAGGACAAGUUCAUGACGUGGAGGAAAACUGUGAGAACGCAGUGGAACAGACAUUGUACUGCUGUGCUUCGGAACUCGCUGGUUUUGCUGAAAAAUGGGCAAAAUGUUAUUGGCGCGGCGACGAAUGGUUUGGCUGAAGAGUGCAGCGAGAGAAUGAGAGACUUGGUUGGUGCGUAUGAUCUUUCGGGAUUCCUUCUGCAUUUCGGGUUCAGAGAUGAGGCUCAGAUAGCGGAAUCUAUUUGUUCUACAAAAAUCCAUGAAAGGUCUAGUGUUGAUGCUGAGUUUGCUUUAGCUGUUCAUGCGUAUGCAUAUCCCUGUGGUGUUUUUGCUAUUUGGGUGUACGUUGUGUGUUUGCUGCCGAGGAAAUGAAAAAAAGAGAAAUUGUGUACGGUA